CAAACUUCAAACAAAAGACACAUGACAUCAUGGCCACUUUAUCUGGUGACAUUCACUUCCCCCCUUGUGACAGAGAUAAAUGUGGGAAAUAUCAUGCAGAUAUUGUCAAGGCACUGAAGAAAAGUGGUCUUAACUGUGUGUGGGAAUACCCUCUUAAUGGAUUUUAUUACAGGCAUUUUAACACAGCAUUGGACAACUGUAAAUUUACUGUAAUACAUAAAUGUCAAGACCUUUGGGAAAAAAUUAAGGCCUGCAGAGAGAACAUGGAAAGACAAGAUGAAAAACUAAUAACAGUUACCUACACAGAGCGUGAUAAGAUGGUUGACCGGUAUGAUGGAUUCUUCACAAAGUUUCACCCAUUUAAGAUCAAUGACAAGGGUAUUCCAAAUUUCAUCCAGAAUGUUGUCGUGGCAGUGCAGCAAAUAAGUGGUAAUGUGGGUGUGGUUGCACAACAGGAAGUUGUUACAGAAGAAACUAUGCAAGAAACAGCUGUUCCCCAGGUCCAGUCGUAUGGUGACAAUACCAGUUUAUCUUCUGAGACUCAGGUAAAGUUUGAAGAGGAAAAUCAAACCUUUGUGCAGUACCCAAACUGGCUGGGUGAGAGCAAUAACCUACAGCCACUUGUUCGACAAAGCCAUCUGGCAGAUGUCAACAAUCCAAAUAAAAUAAAAGAAAAACUGCAAAGUCUAAGAACAAAAACUUUGAAAUACUUAGAUUUAUCUAAAGAAAUAGAUGAAAAUCAGACUCUAAUUCUAAUCAAGCUAAUGCCGAAAUUAUACGAGGAACAAAAUCUCAUCUCCCUGACAAACUUGGCCAUCUAUGAGUCAGAGGUUGUGGUGGACAGGGCCAUCUUAUUUCUUGAGUUUCUGCUGCUCAGUUCCAAGAACUCAAACAAAAAUAACCUCUGCAAUCUGUUUAUCAACAUGGAAAGCAUUGUGUUUGUGAGACUGCAAGAGCUACGUGCCACAAAGGCUAGCCCUGAGAUGGAGAGUGUUGUAGCCAAGGUCCAGAAGCUUUCAACUCUCUACAUCAUCAUCGUGUGUGAGUGGAUCUACAGUUGUAAGGAUCCUAAGGAUCUGAGACUCUGUGAAUUUCACAUCUAUCAAACUGUAACGUCUCGUAGUAUGACCUCUGAGAGCAUUGUUGAUAAACACUUCUCGGAUUUUGAUGAGUUUAUGGCAGGGCUGAAAAAGAAGAACACAAACAACCUGUAUAGGCACGAAGUAUCCUCAUACCAGCGUGGCACAAAAAGCAAUACCGAGCAAGCCAAGGAGUUGAGAAAAAAAUGUCUAACUGUUCAGCUUUUGGUAGUACAUGAGAGGCUGAAAAAGGUGUACCUGGAUUGUGAUCUGGAUAGCUUGGCAUUCUUGAAUGAGUUUGCCGAGACUGUUAAAGAAACAGAACUGAGGAAAGAGAAUUCCUCCGUCUUCAGCUUUCUUUUGAGUGGGAUCAGUCUGUUUCUUACCAUGGAGCAAAAGAAAGUGGACAACCUCAAGGAUGGAGUUCAGCUGUGUAAGGAGGCAACAAGAAUCAUCUACACCAUCUCCUCAGCUGCUGGAAAGCCUCUUGGUUUGGAAAAAAUGCUUCUCUUUCAAGGCAAUCCUAAUGUCAGGACUAACCUUAACUGGAGCAUUUAUGAGAGAAACCAGCUGGAGUUACUUCUUGAUGAACUUAAAAGAUUGUUAUCUCCCCUGCUUUUAAUUGAUAAAAAUGCAAAAAUGGAGCCAAUCACUGAAGGUAUCAUAGACUGGUACCGAAUCAGUGGCAGCUUCAACCAGCAGAAAGUGGUUGCCUGCAUCCACAAGCCCAGAGAGAAGGAGCACAAAGAGAAGAACAGGAGCAACUUGAGUGAGCAGGAGGAUGUCUACUACAACCAGAUGCUCAAGCUUCAGCUGCUGAAACAUGACAACAUCAUCCAGAUCAUCGCCUACCGCGAAACUUGCAUCCCCACGUUUUACAUUGUGGAGGAUUAUCUCGAAACUAAUUUACAGAUAGCUUUGAAGAACAAAAAGCUGAACAGAAAUCCAUUCAAACCAAACCUCCUCCAAAAAUUUCUCCUGGAUGCCCUGAGCGCCCUCCAGUACUGCCACGACCAGGGUUUUAUCCACAGAAACCUCACUGCGGCCAGCUUGUUCCUCCACGGGGAGAGGAGGGUUAAACUCUGUGGCUUUCAGCUGUGCAUUAAACUCAUUGAUGGCAUUGGGAAAGCUGAUGACAAAACAGAGACGACCAUACCAACAAGAUGGACAUCACCCGAGUCCCUGAAGAGUUCAGUACACAGCAAGGCCUCGGAUGUCUGGAUGGUUGGACACCUGAUCAAUGAGGUCAUGACACACGGGACCCUGCCCUAUACACACAUUAACCUUGAGUCCAAUGAUUCCAUCGCCAAACACAUCAUUGAAAAUGGUGACAGCAUCACUAAAGAAGACUCUGUGACUAAAGAAACUUUUGAACUGAUAACAAAAUGUCUUUCCUACAACCCACAAGAUCGACCCACAGUUAGUGACGUCAUCAGUAAACUUAAUUCAGUGAAAAUUGCUUCGGAGAGAAUUGAGUUCACACCUUUGGGAGCAGACUACCAACCAUCUGCACAUCAUGAACUGGGUGUUCCAGAUGGCGUUGGCAGCUCCUCUUACGGAGAAGACGACCAGUUAGGGGAUUCCAGUAAAGGUUUCGAAGUCUCCCUCUCUGACACAAUGGUGAAGAUAAAUCUUCCAGAUAAACAUAUUUUUAGAGAGAAACUUGUGCAAAGAUUUUCACCGGAAGUCAUUACCAAAAUCAACAAUGGGGAUUUAGAGUCAACAGGGAUUAGGUCAAAAGUCAAGUUUCUAGAAAACCGCAAACAAGCACAUCAUAUUGAGUGCAUCACACCCAGCACAGUUGUUGGAAGUCUGCUUGAAGUGACUCUGAAAAAAUCACUGGGAGAUGACUUGAAACCUUACAUAGAUUGCCUGAUCCAAGUCAGCAUCAUGCUGGAGAAACUCUGGCAAAAAUCUUGGAUUCUGGGUGACCUGUGUGGCUCACAUUUUUAUGUGGAUGUACAGGAUCAGAGAUGCCAGGUGUAUCUGAUCUCCCUGUCAUCUUUAAUCCUGUUGAGUAAUGAUAGAUUACCCAGGGGAAGCAAUCCUUACAACAGAUGUCCAGAGGAAAGGGCUGCUCCAGAAGUCAUAAAAUCCUGGGACUAUUCCCAAGCCAGUGAUGUUUACAGCUUUGGCAGCUUGAUGUGGGAGAUCCUCACAGCUUUUGAUAACCUAACAGGAACAAGGGACCCUGAUGGUUAUCUCAAGAAAAUCUUGAAACCGCUUUCUGAUAAUGUUUACAAUUGGCUGGUCAGUGAAAAAGUAGAAGCUCGUCACACCAAGCCAAAGUGUUGUCCAGAGAAAAUGUAUGACCUCAUCAAGACUUGCCUUGAUGUGAACCUGGUAAAAAGGCCACAGUCGCUGUCUGAUAAACUCCAACGUAUUUACGCUGAGGAAUUUGAAGAAAAUUUUACAGAAGCGUGAAGCCUGAAACAAGCAUAAGGUCAUAAUAACCCAGUUAUUUGACCUAGUGUUUCUAGAUACAACUGUUACCAUUGGUAGUUAUUUUUAUAUGGUAGGAAAACCACCACACAUAGUCUCAAUUCACUAGUAUUGAUGAGUGGAGUU